AUGAAGAAGACUUCCAGCAGCCCGAAUGCAGAGCCAUCUGCAAAACUGAACCACGAAGCCCUGAUGGGGCGCCCUUUGGACGAGAGUUGGGACGUGAACCCUCCCGAGUUGCUGCAUGAGCACAGGGAGGCCAACGGCUCCAUCAUUCGCACUCGGUUUCCGCCAGAACCCAACGGUUACCUCCACAUUGGCCAUGCGAAGGCCAUGAACAUGAACUUUGCCCUGGCUUUUGAGAAACUAGGGGUGGACGCGAGGAAUCGGCGCACCAUUUUCCGAUGCGACGAUACCAACCCUGAUGCGGAAUCCAAGGAAUACAAUACAUGGAAUCCCUGCGUAAAGACCUUGAUUGAGGAAAUUGUGGCUCAGAGGGAAUUAGCCAGGAAGCGAGCUGCAUCCAAGAACCCCGACCUCGAGUAUCCCAUCCUAUCUCACGACAUUCUACCUGGCCGGAAUAGAGACACUUCGGUCGAGAGGAACUGCGACGAGGUCAAGAUGGAUGGAGACAAUGUUGUCGAGUUGGUCUGUCGGUUGUGUUGUUGGAAGGACAAGGAUGGACCCAAACCGAAGAGCUUCAUUACGUGGGUACCCUCUGAUUCCCUGCCUGCAGACAUCCGUGUCUAUGAUCACUUGUUUACCACAGUCGAGCCAUCAUCAUCUGACGAUUGGGUGGACGAAAUCAACAAUGAGAGCGAGUUUGAACGGAUUGGAUACUUCGCCGUAGACCCCGAAACAACGUUUGACCCCCGAAGCCGCAAUGGAAAUCUUGUUUUCAAUCGCACCGUGUCCUUGCCUGGCGAAGGUGCCAUGAACAAGGAAAAACGAUCCAAAAAGGAGGAAGGGGCGAUGGCCGCACAUCGUGCAAAGCAGCUUGCCGAUCUCGCCAGCAAAGAUGCGAGGAAGAAGAUUGCUCCCGUGGACUUGUUUCGCUUGGCAGCCGAAUACGAAGGGCUUUAUUCCAAGUAUGAUGUGGUGACUGGAGUUCCCACCCACGAUGCUGACGGCAAGGAGCUUUCCAAAAACGCGAGAAAGGCUCUUGCCAAGAAACAGGCGAAACACGCGAGUAUAAUAGAGUUUACGAAGGCAAUCGAGACUAAUGCAUGUAGCUUGUAG